CGGUCUUCUGGAUGGUUUCCAUCUUCUGACUAUCUUCUAUCCUAGAUUAAAACCAUCCGACAAUCUCUCUACUACUCACGCCAAUCUAUCUAUCAAUAAAUGAGUGACCAGAACCCUCGUCUCUCGCAGGAAGGAGUGCCUCUCUCUUACACCACCACUUCCACCACCUCGUCCUCCUCCCCACCUCCCAAAAAACACAAACUGUCCCUCAGCGCCAGCGGCAAGUUCUUCCCCUCGCGCUCCGUCUCUCGCUCGCGCGCUCGCUCCGACUCUCCCACCCCCACCGACCUGCCUCUGGACGUCCCUCGGUCCAGGACUCGUCACCGCGCCGAAACCCUCGACAUUCCGCGCAGUCAUCCCUCUACUGAAUAUUCUGCCCGGAGAUCUACCAGUCCGCGCCCAAUGUCUCCCGCUCAGAGCCAGGACCCGUCCGUGACGGCCCAGAAGCGCGUCUCCGGUUCCUACACCUACUCUCCGCGUCGCAGCGGUGACGACUACCGGCGCUACAGCGGCACGGUUAAUCAUUAUGGCCGCCACUCCAAUGACUGGCUGUUUGGGGGGUUCAGUCUGAGAGACACGGUCCGUGACGGCGUUGAGAAGCUGCGCGAAUUCGGCGAUAAGAGCUGAAUUCCUUGGUCUUCCGCUCAACCAAGUUGAGCGGAUUAGCUUUUUUUUCUACCCUCACUUGAACCAUUCGGAUCUUCGAGUUUGUCGGCUUUUAUUCCCUCGGAGCCUUUGACUGGCUGUCAACUGUCGGCUCUCAUCUAUCUACCUCACGCUGGGUCUGUUUUUCCAGACAGACACGGCCCUACGGAAGCGACCAUGGGCUUUUAUGACGCACUUAGGAUUAAGCUCGACGGAGCUACAGCGUCUACGCUUAUCCCUGCGCUCAAUCUUACAGAUGUCAUUUCCAUGGCCUGGUACCCAAGCACUCUAGCUGAAAUAGCGAUCAUCGGCACAGUUGCCGAACGGCAGAGAUGCCGGGCCAUCAGUGAUGUGUAUCAUGAUUUAUGACUUUUUCUUUUAUCAACAGAUUUGCGGUUUAUGUCUUAUGAAUAUUCUCGUUUCUAUCGCAGAGUUUAGGUCUCAAUGAAAGAUGCUUGAU